ACAAAAAAUUUGGUCGAACCGCUUCAACAAGGGUAAAUCCACCCCUGCCGAACAAGUAAAUCACCCUUAUUCGAAUCACCAGCAAAUCGGUUGGCAGCUAUAGAUGGAGCGGGAAGUGAUAGAAGCAGAGCUAGUACUCCCAACUCACAUGAAAUUCAAGAAGAUUCAGAUGUACGACAAGUACCCUAAAGGACAGGCCAGAGGCCGUCAUUGGAAGCAUCUCAAGCAGAUCAUUCAAGCUGAAAAUUACGAUAAUUAUCCUCCUCACCUACCUACUUAUGUUAACAUUGAAUCACCACCUUCUAUGCAUCCAUGCAAAAAGAUAUGCGACGUAACAGGAUUCGAGGCACCAUAUUUUGACCCAAGAACUAAACUCCGUUAUGCUAACACCGAGGUUUUUAAGAUAAUAAGAUCGCUUCCUAAUGACUAUGUUCAGAGGUAUUUGGCUCUCAGAAAUGCAGCUGUUGUUUUGAAAUAGGUGCAGUACGAGAAAUAGAUAUUUGUAAACUUAGGUGGAAAGUAGAGUACGUUUGAAGUUAUAGUUUUUGAAUGCUCAGUGCAUAAGUCUCCGGUUAUGAAAAUAGUGUAUUUUUAGACUUGUACUAAAAGAAGAAAUCAAAAGGCCUAAUUUUGUUAGA